AUGUCAGCCGAUAGAAGCGAUGGCUUCCUCUCAUAUCAUGAGCCCAACAUCAUCGAAAUCCUGACGCUCGUGUCGUUCUUUCUGUUCCUUUCUGUGUCCGAAUGGCUGGCCGACAAGACCAUCGGCGCGUCUCUGAUUGGGCCUAUCGUUGUCGGCCUCCUAUUCGGUUUCCCAAUCGGUAACAUCCUGGCGCCGGCCUGGCAGGAGACGUUCCUUGCGCUUGGCUAUAUCGGCCUUAUUCUCAUCAUCUUUGAAGGCGGCCUCACGAUCCGCUUGGACCUCCUCCACCAAAACCUCCUCCUCAGUCUCAUCGCUGCCCUCAUCGGGGUGCUUACUCCGAUCGCCGUGUCCUUUGCUUUCCUAUACGCCGGAUCCCAUCAUGCUCCCCUGGAAACAUUCAUCCUCGGCACGUCUCUCUGCUCCACCUCACUAGGAACAACCCUCGUCCUUCUCACCAGCGCCUCCUCCUCCUCUAACUUCAGUGACAACACCAACAACCACACCGCUCCCAAUGGUACCAAACCCAAUCACCCUCCCACAGGUAACACUGACUUCUCCCAAACGCGGAUCGGCACCGUUCUAGUCUCAGCCGCCGUCAUCGACGACGUCAGCCUGGGGUGGAUUAUCGGCCGGCCUGUGCUGGCUAGCAGCCUGAUGGCGCUGCUGACGCCUGCUGUGGCACGGUUCGUUGCCAGACCGGCUUUUCGACGAUGGUUUGAGCCGUGGAUGGCUGGUCCUACCGCCGCUGGUGGUCUUGAUGGUGAAAAGGUGGGAUUAUGGAAGCGCAAGGCCUGCGUUGUGGAAUUGAUGCUCAUGGUCUUGAUUCUGAGCGCAUUCCUCGCCAUCGCGGCGUACGCGGGCGCGUCGGUCUUGUUUGGCGCUUUCUUGGCUGGCGGAUUCGUGGCUUCUUUGCCUGCCACUUCCGAGCGUGGGCCUGGUGAGAGGUGGUUUGUUGAGGCGUUUGACAGGUACACAGGCGGCGCUCGCGGCCAUGUCCUUCAGCCGCUGUUCUUUGCGAGCAUCGGGUUUGCGGUCCCUUUUCGGGAACUGUGGGUCGGCGAGGUCGUUUGGAAGGGGGUUGUUUACACCCUGCUCAUGGCGUUCGCCAAGAUGAUUGUGGGUGUUGUUGUUCCGGUUCAGGACCUCGUUUCUCAAUUGUUCCGGCGGAAGGGGUGGGCUGCCGAUAAGGACAUGCCGGCGCGACCUCGCGGGUGGGCGCCGGCAGCGCUGCUUGGUGCUGCCAUGGUCGCUCGUGGCGAGAUCGGCCUUCUCAUCAUCCAGAUUGGGCUCAAUGAGACGCCGUUCCUGACCAACAAGGGGUUUGCGAUCGGGGUGUGGGCUAUCGUGCUCAACACCGUCAUCGGGCCGGUCAUGGUGGGCAUCCUGCUCAAGCGGGUUGGGCCCAGGAUUGCUCGUGAUGUUCGAUGGGGCGUCCAAAACAGGGAAACUUCGGAGGUUGAGCAGAUCGGAGGCUCAGGCACGGACGGGUCGAUGCUGGAGUUGCGUUGA